CACUCUCGCCGGCGAAAUCGAACCAAGUGCCGAGUGGAAGACGUGGAAAACGAGGAACCGAGGACGACAAAAGCCCUAACGCUACCCCUAGCUCUGCGAUUGCGCCGCCCCGCUGCCGGUGAUGGAGUCCCUUGGCGUCCUCCUCACCUUCCCCACGAACUCCUACCUUGAGGAGGAGCUCAGCAAGCGGUGCAAGCUCUUCCGCCUGUGGGAGACCCCGCCGGAGAAGCGGCGGGAAUUCCUUCGGGCGAACGCCGCCUCGAUCCGGGCGUUGGUGGGCAACUCCGGGGUCGGGGCGGACGCGGAGAUGAUUGAUGCGCUGCCGGCGCUUGAGAUCGUGGCGUCCUUCGGCGUGGGGCUCGACAAGGUGGACCUCGCCAAGUGCCGGAAGAAGGGGAUCCGGGUCACCAACACCCCCGACGUCCUCACCGACGACGUCGCCGACCUCGCGAUCGGUCUCGCCCUCGCCACCAUGCGCCGGAUCUGCGAGGCCGACCGCUACGUCCGGAGUGGGGCCUGGAAGGCCAAGGGCGAUUAUAAGCUCACCUCAAAGUUCAGUGGCAAAACAGUUGGUAUAAUCGGGCUUGGCAGGAUUGGUUUGGCCAUAGCCGAAAGAGCUGAAGCAUUUGAUUGCCCCAUCAGCUACUACUCGAGAUCAGAGAAGCCGCACACAAAUUACAAAUACCACUCGAGUGUUGUCGAUUUGGCAGCCAACUGCCAUGUUCUCAUCGUAGCAUGCGCGUUGACGGAGGAAACCCGCCACAUCGUCAACCGUGAGGUCAUGGAUGCCUUGGGUCCAAAGGGUGUGCUCGUGAACGUCGGACGGGGGGCUCACGUAGACGAGCCGGAGCUUGUUUCGGCACUGCUCGAGGGCCGCCUCGGAGGGGCUGCCCUCGACGUGUUCGAGCAGGAACCUCAUGUUCCCGAGCAGCUAUUUGGAUUGGACAACGUGGUGUUGGUGCCUCAUGCGGGGAGCGGCACCUGGGAGACUCGCAAAGCAAUGGCAGACCUGGUUCUUGGGAACUUGGAGGCGCAUGCUACCAACAAGCCCCUGCUGACUCCGGUGGUGUGAUUGCAUGCAUAGAAUGCAGGAGGGAUUUUGUUGUUUUGGGGAGAUGAUGAAGGAUUUUAUCGUAGAUUUGUUUGCUUUCUCAUCUAGUGGUGGAGUCCAUUUGUCAUUUUUAUCCUGGAUGGAUGGAUGUUUACUUCAUGUUGCAAUAAUCUCCUUGGGGUUAUUCCAAUUCUGCCUAUGGUUGGCGAUGCCAUUUGAUUUAA